CUGGUAGUACAUCACAGCCCCACCAUCCAUGGCCGAAAAGCGAGAUAAACCCGAUGAGAUUUAUAGUAAGAGGCACGGCCUCUGUUAUCGAGAGAAACUGAGAAACAUUCUCAUGAUUUUCCAAGACCCCCAUGGAGUCCUCUACGUCGGGUUUAUUGACGGUACGAGAACGAAUCCGCGGGGCAUUCCUACCAUACAUAGCUAUAAUCGAGGCUUUGAUAUUCACUAUGAUCGAAUGUUUCAGUUUUCGUCGAUGCGUCCAUAAAUGUCGAUUCGGGGCCAAAGAUCUGGUACAGCUGGCUGGCGAAACAAGAUUUACUGUUAAUGAACUGGAGGCGUUGUCAGAGCUGUUUAAGAAAUUAAGUAGCCUAAUAAUUGAUGAUGGUUUGAUUCACAAGGAGGAGCUUCAACUGGCAAUAUUUCAUACCCCACAAGGAGAAAAUCUUUUCCUGGAUCGAAAGGUAUUUGAUCUUUUUGACGAAAAGAGAAAUGGUGUUAUCGAGUUUGAGGAAUUUGUCCAUGCACUCAAUGUUUUCCAUCCUUAUGCCCCGGUAGAAGAAAAAAUUAAUUUUGCAUUUAGGCUAUACGAUCUGAGGCAAACUGGGUAUAUUGAACGAGAAGAAGUCAAGCAAAUGGUUAUGGCCAUCUUGAUGGAAUCUGACACGAGUCUGCCAGAUGAGUUUGUUGAAGCUAUUGUUGACAAGACUUUUGCCGAUGCUGAUAAGGACAACGAUGGUAGAAUUAGUAAAGAAGAAUGGACAGAUUUUGUGAGUCGAAAUCCAUCUCUUUUGAAGAACAUGACACUUCCAUACCUUAAGGAUGUCACCACUCUGUUUCCGAGUUUUAUUUUCGACGCCAACGUUGAAGCUUGAGAAUAAGAAUGAUGUUGCGGCGAGAUAAAUUAGGUAACAACGGAUAGGUAAAUUCAUUGCUGCUACUCAUCAAUACCCAAUUUGGAGAUUUAUCAAAAAGUGUGAAGAAUUGGUUCUACUUUGUUGCAUAUUGGUGGUGGUAGGAAUUAAAUUAUUUUCAGCAAAAUGUGCAGGUGCCAGUGGGUGUGCCUAUGUGUGAUCGAUUCAUUAACAGACUAGCUUUGUAACAUAUGCAUGCAUUAAUUAUUUAUAGGAGUGACAUAAGAAGUAAAAAUUUGUAAAUUUUUUUUUUAAAUUAAGAGAUCUGCUUUAUCUUUUCAAUCGAGCAGAUUUAUUUUUGUAAUCCAAACCUUUCAGAAAAAUUUUCGAAGUUCCGGUGCUGAUUCCCAUUAUAUUCAUGAAAAACUUUUAGAGAGGGUUGCCUUUUUUCAAGGCUUACUAUCAUUUUGAUUUUUGAAGAUGUUGCCAUGAUUAUUUUGCUAGCAGUAAAAGUUUUAUAUUGAAAUUUCAAGAACAUGAAGAAGCAGCAAGUUCUUACUUCAUGUUUGGUAUGGGUAAACUCUGAAGAUAUAUAUUUUUUUUUUAAAGAACAAUGGUGGAUAGAGAUAGAAUUCUUUAUCUUAAAAUGUCUAGUACAUAU